AAGUUGCGGCGGAGUCUGCGCUGCUGUGGCUGCUUCUCCUCCACGUGGUCGUCACGUUUGUAGGACAGCAGAGUAACGUGGUGAAUCGACAGAUGCAGAUAGAAAGACAUAAUCUCUUAAAGUAUGGGCACUUUAAUGGCAAACAGGAGAAUAUUGGCUUUAACUCCAGUGCGACUCUUGGGCUAGGUAAUCUUGGUCUCCAAAGGAGUCCGUCGAAAUCAACUGUGGCGUCGAAGUCAACCGUGGCUUUGCGUCCAAUCAACCACGAUCUCAAGGAAUUUCCUCCAAACUCUAGCGUGAACUCCAACUUCUUCAGCCUCGACCUUGAGAUCGAUUGGUCUAAACAACAAGACACGGUCCAGGAUCUCCAAGAGGCUGUGCCCAACUUGCCCUCUCGGUAUUGGCUCAAGAAAAUCAAGGGUAUGGGCAUGAAUAAAACCUGUGCCAAGUAUCCAUCUCUGUACCAGAUCCGCUUCAACAACGGCCGGUGGCAGACGUUCGACACUUCCAAUGGGACCUUCUACCUAUUCAAUGCAUAUUAUGACAACAGGACCUUGGCAGAACGACCAGCAGUGCGUGUCCUGGGGAUGCUGAACCGCGUCGAUCCUCAACUCAACACUUCCUGCCAACUUUGGUUCAAUGGAACAAGCAAACCAGUGUUCGCAAAGGUGUCGGAAUACAAAUAUAUCUGGAUUAAGGCAUUUGGCAAAUACAAAAACGGCGUGCUUCAACCUUAUUUGUUAUCAUGCCAAGUGCCAUCUGACUAUGCACAUCAGGUGCCAGAGUCUGUGUCCCUCGUAGAACGGCCAUGUGACACAUCCACAACAAACCUCAGGGUCCUUAACAAUCGUCCACCAGAAGGUAAGACCAAAGACUUUGCUGUGUGCGUUAAGGGCCUUGACAUUCAUCACGCAGACAAGAGCAUCCUCCUCGUUGAAUGGCUGGAGACGCUCUACCUCCUAGGAGCUGAUAAGGUGUUCCUGUAUGACCUGCAUGUGCAUCCGAACACGGCCAAAGUUUUAACAUACUACCAGAAAACCGGUUUUGUGGAUUUGACUAAACUCACCUUGCCCGGAGACCAGCCAAACAUUCCUGGACUAACACACAAGUACCUUAAGGAGAAGGGUGGUUACAAACGGCUCAAUGAACUCGUCCCUUACAACGAUUGUCUCUACAGGAACAUCUACAGCUACAAGUACGUGGUUCUCUUAGAUAUAGACGAGAUUAUCAUCCCAAAGAAUACAUCGUCUUGGAGAACACUGAUGAAAGUCCUAGUCAAAAACGCUUUCAAGGCGAACAAGAAACCACGUACCUCCUUCGCUGCGCGCAACGUGUACUUCCUGGACUCCAUGCAAGAGAAACAUGGCUUCUAUAAGGAUAUACCCCAAUACAUGCACAUGUUGCAGCACGUGCACCGAGCCAGGAACUACACCAAACCAGGUGCUUACGCCAAGUGCUUCCACGACACCCAGAGUGUAUUUACGCUCCACAAUCACUUUCCCUUCUCCUGUUUGGGAAAAGGCUGUCACGCCUACUACAUUCCCACAGAAGACGCUCAUCUGCAGCACUACCGCCAAGAAUGUGUUGGAGAGCUUCGCAAGGUGUGCGAGAGCGAAUUCAAGGCGCACACGGUCAAGGAUACAGCGAUCUGGAGGUACAAGAAAUCGCUGAUAAUACGUACUUCUAAAGCCCUGAGGCAACUAGGAUUCUUCAGACAAAAGUCUCACAUCUCGUGAGAUUACCAAGGUGUUUAGGGUGUAUUUACUCGGACUAGUAGUUCAAAGUGUAAUAUUCUUACUAUUACCUACCUCCCAGUAUUAUCUGGAAAGAAAUUUUAAUCAAAUUAUCUUUAUAGCAAUAUUGUUGUUGUGAGCAACGAUGAAUGACAGCAGUGCUCUUUAUUUGUUUCCUUUCAAAUUAGCAGUCAGUUCUUGCGCCUCAUAAAGUGCUGAAAUAUGAAAGAAUGCUAAACUACAAAUUUGA